GAGCUUACUGCGGCCGACUCAGUUAGCUUUGCGGCAGCGCGCUUACAGCCUGAACUGUAGCUGAAAAACCUGAAAAUCGCGCGGAAGUACUGAAAAUUAUUAUUAAUUUCUGUGAUAUUUAGUAACAAAACAGAUUACGAAAAUGGGAAAAGGAAAAGAAGAACCAGCACCACCAGAGGGCGCGCCGGGCGGGCUGGCGCCGGAGCCGCAGCUUGGGCCAGACGGGGAGCCCAUCGGCGGCCCGCGCACGCCGCAGCAGAUCGCCGCGCAGAGACGCCUGCAGCAGACGCAGGCGCAGGUCGAUGAGGUGGUUGAUAUAAUGAAAACGAACGUUGAAAAGGUGUUGGAGAGGGAUCAAAAGCUGUCAGAACUAGACGAUAGAGCAGAUGCGCUGCAGCAGGGCGCCUCGCAGUUCGAGCAGCAGGCAAAGAGCUUGAAGAACAAGUUCUGGCUGCAGAAUUUAAAGAUGAUGAUAAUAAUGGGGGUGAUCGGGAUAGUCAUCAUAGGGCUCCUGUUCGUUCGCUACCGUGGGGCGCCAUCUGUCGGCGACGUCACGGGCAGUGUCGCUGGCGUGUCCACCAAUAGCACUGCGGCAAUUAUUCCUAAAACUAAUUGAAAAUACAUGUAAAAGUUCCAUACGAUGCGUCUAUUGGGUUCUACUUCAAGUAAGAAACAUAAGCAUAAUAUAAAUGACUAUAAAUAUAGAAAAACUUGUAUUCAACUAAAAUACUAUAUAUGUAUAAAUUUCGUGAGCUGCUGUUAAUAGGAAUAAGUACCUAUAUUUUUUUUUAUGAAAUUCAGUUAGUGGUGAAUAUUUCCUUCAAGUCUGAGUAGAAGAUUGUGAGCCCUAGUAAGUCUAGAUCAAGGAAAUCUAAGUCUGAAGUAACAUGGCACAAUAAAAUAGCCAAAAACCUAUUCGAGCUUUUGGUAUAAAUAAUGUAGAUUUUGCAGAUUAAGAUGAAUAAAUUAAUGCCAAAUUAGCGGUGAAGGUGAUAAUUAAUUGUGAAUUGUAGUUGUGCAUGGAAGAUUGUGAUAAAACCUGUCAAAACAGCAUCAAAUGCUAUAAUAAUAACGAUUGUAAGAGGAGUUAUUAAAAUCUUAAGGCCACAUAUAAGUCAAAUAUUGUAAGAUCGCAACACACCAAAUUCGAAAAAAAAGGUAGAUUGGAAAAGGAUUCUAAUUAAUUAUAGGCCGAAGAAAUUUAGGGAUUAUUUUAUUUAAAGGAAAAAAUAAACCUUCGGGAACAAACCAAAAUGGUUACUUUUAGUAUUCUAGUACCUAGUGUAAGGCUCAAGAUUUUUUGGGAACGGGCACAUAAUUUGCUGGUCAGACUCAAAUGUAAAGAGUACCUGUACAGUAUAACUAGUAUGGAGAGAUUCUUAAAACAACAGCAACAUUAUCUAAACUGCUCUUAUUUUGCGUGCCUUGAAUUGUUAUUGUAUCUAUAUAAAAUUAACUUUACUAGUAAUUUUUCACGCCUGUUAAGGAAAAUCUAUGUAAGAUUUUUAUGAGGUUGUAGAAGGACCUACCGGGAAUGGGCAAGAUUAACCUGCUAUAACAUAGUAGGUAGGUACGUAUCAACGGUAGAGACCGACACUGGAAAUGCAAAAAUGACUAACCGACAUUAAUGGAUUAAUAUAAAGUCACUUUUAAAAAAAUACACUAGUCGUUUUAGCCUUUCCAAUGUCGUUGACGCAAGUAUAUUUAAUGUGUUGACAAGCGGUGGAAAAUUACUAAGCCAAUUAUAAAAUAUUGAGUGUCAGUAUUUUUUUUGUUGAAAUAUUAUAAUGAUAAAUUUGCCUAUUUUAAAUUAAAUUGUAUCUGGAUUAUUUAAUUAAAUAAGCGUGAAAGUAAUAUAUAAAUUAACACAAAUAUGUCUCUAAUUUAACUGAAAUUUUCAUGAAAUUUGGCCUAUAAAAGUAAUCUUGUGUGGUAUUUCAAAAAUUGAUAUUUGAGAGUGAGAUAUUCCUGUAGUAUUUAUUGUAUUUUCGACAUUAUUAUAGCGUUUUAACUUCCACAUGGGAAUUAAAUAUGGUAUAAGGUUAGAAAUACUUUAUAUUAUGUUUCAUUUCAUGUUUUCAGCUAGAACAAUAAUCUUAGGUAAUAUAAUAUUAUAAUUACUUAAUAAUAUCUGACACCAAACAGGCUGUAAAAGUAUAAGUUAAGUCAUAGUAAAAUUGAUAAAAAGGUUAAGUUUAAUAUAUUUUUAAUUUUAAUUGCAAUACGAUAACUAAUAAAACCUACGUACAUUUCUUUGACAGAAAAUUAGUUGAAUCUAAAGUAGAUGACGAUGAUGUUGGAUGCUAGAUAUAAACCCACAGAUUGACAGAUAGUUAUACAAUAAUUUUAAACAUUAUAAACCACUUUUUUCGCACUAACGUUAAAAAUUUAUAGCACUUUCAUUUAGGUUUCACAGAUUUGUUAAAAUAAGAAGAAGUAGAUAUUACUAGGCGGUGCACAUUAUUUUUCUUGAGGAUAAGUAGGUACCUUACUGACAAAUCGCUACGUCUUUUUUACUUUAAUUUCUUUGUGUAUUUAAUCAAAAUAAAUAUAACUAAUAUAUUGUAUACUAGCUAACUGUAUUUGCACUUAAUAACUAUAUGAUUUACUUUCCACUUUAUAAUAUUAUAUUAAAGUAAUUAUAUUCUUUUAUCUUAGACAGGUGCUAAAUUUUCAAGUCAAUUGUCAAUUUAUAUCCGAGAUAAAAGAAUAGAAAAUCAAAUUUAGCAGUGAUAAAAUCCGCUAUCUAGGUGUUAAACCAAUUAAUGAAGUAUUUCAUUUAAAAUAAUUUUAAUCUGUAUUACUACUUACAUCAUAACAAAAAAUGUGCCCCAAAAUAAAGUAAAAUUUUGCCAGUAAGUAUAUAUACCUAACAAGAGACCUCUGUAAAUAUACAGGAUGUUGCACUGGUGGUUGCAAGUAUACAACCUUAGUUCACUAUAAAUUAUGGUUAAGUUAUGAAUAUGGUGCCUUUGACAAUACAUCGCAUUUUAUUUACUUCAGUAAUGGAAGUAUUAUACUAGCCUGUAAAGGUUGUAAAAGAGGGUAUAGUAAACCUGAAAGGAUUGGGUCUAUUCUGAACAACUGUGGAUUCUACAACAAUUGGUAAUUCGUGAAAAAAAACGACGACAUGAGUCGUGCUCGUGCUUAAUAUUGGCUUGCUAUACCACUUUUAAAACAGUAUAUAAUAUAAUAAUACUUAGUAAAAAGUAUUUUAUAUUUAUGUAAAUUUUGCUUAAUUGCCGAAAAAAUUGUCGAAUAUUUAUUCAAAGUCAGUAAACCUGUAUGUAAUAUGAUCAUUAACUUGUGUCGAUUCUUAGUCUCUAUAGUAGUCUUUGUUCUUAGUAUCAAUCUUAUUACGCUGGGGGUGGAUAUUAGAUACUUUUUGGUUGACUAUAUAAAAUCAUCAAAAUAGAGUAAAAAUACAAAUUUGAAUCAUCCCGUUGUGAAUAAUGCCUAUUGUUAUUUCUGUAUUUCAAUUGGAUGCAUACAAUCUUAUCAAUUAAAAGUAUAUAUUUUAAAAUCUUAA